AUGUCGCAUGGCCAACACAACAUCCCAAAGCAUCGCGCCCUCCCCGAAAAGGAGUCGCGGCUCUUCAAGGAGGUCCUCCAAUUCUACGAGGCCAAGCAGUACAAGAAGGGCAUCAAGGCUGCGGACCAGAUCCUGAAGAAGUUUCCUAACCAUGGCGAAACCAUUGCGAUCAAGGCGUUGACGAUCCACUCGUCCCUGCCGUCCCCACCUACGCCGUCGUCAGUGCCCAAGGCCGAGGAAGCCGAGGCAAUGGCUCGUGUGGCAAUCAAGAAGGACAUGACGAGUCACAUCACCUGGCACGUGCUCGGUAUCCUGGCGAAAACGCGCAAGGACUGGGCUGAGGCGACCAAGGCGUUUGCGAUGGCGCGCAGGCAGGACCCCGACAACAUCCCUGUUCUGCGUGAUGCGUUUGCCCUUGCGACCCACACGCGCAACUACGAGUCUGCAGCCGAGUCUCGUCACCACUUCCUGUGCCUCAGACCGCAGAUCCGCUCGUCGUGGCUCGGCCUCAUGGUUGCACACGACCUGGCCGGCGACUUUGAGGAGGGCAUCAAAGUGUUCGAGAGCUAUGAGGGCAUCCUUGAGAAGGACGGUGCGACCGCGCCGGAGCGUGCCCAGGUGCUACUCUUCGUCAUCAAAAUGUACAUCAAGGCCAGGCGGCAGCAAGGCGCACUCGACCGCCUCGAGCGCGGGGUCAAGGACGGCGUUCUCUCUCGCCGCGGCGAGGUCACCCUCAUCCAAGCCCAGCUGCUUGGUGAGCUUGGCCGCACCGAUGAGGCCGAGGACGCGUACCGCCAGCUGCUCGAGCAGAACCCGGACAACCUCGAAUAUUACCGCCUGUUCUUGAAGAGCCGCGGCCUCGACAUGUCCGGGGAGCUGGACGACGAAGCCACGAGCAAGGUGCUCAAGGCGCUCGCCCAGUUUGCGGAGCAGUUCCCCCGUUCUACCGCCCCGAAGCGCCUGCCCCUGGACGUUGCCAAGGGAGAGGAGUUCCGCGCACUUGCGCGGGAAUACCUUGUCCGCGGGCUCGAGCGCGGCGUUCCCUCGCUCUUCGUCGACGUUAAGGGUCUCUACACCGAUGCGGCCAAGAUGGCGACUGUUGGCGAGCUCACGGAGGAGAUUGUGCGGGAGCUGCAGGCUGAGCACUCGUUGCAUAGCGAUGACACUGUCCCUCCCCCCACUGCACUCCUCUGGGCGUACUACUUCCUCGCAUUACAUCUUGUGCACCCGCUGAGGCCGCAGGCGGAGCACGCGCGUGCGCUCGAGUUGCUCGAGGUUGCGUUGAAGCACACGCCGACGCUGCCCGAGAUCUACAUGGCCAAGGCGAUGGUGUUGAAGCGCGCGGGUGACCCGCUCGGCGCGGCUUACGCGAUGGAGGAGGCGCGCCUGCUGGACGGACAAGACCGGUUCCUAAACGGCAAGGCGGCCAAGUACUGGCUGCGCGCUGGCAACGUCGUCAAGGCCGAGGAGCUCCUCGCCCUCUUCACGAAGCAGGAUACGACGGCGGUGCAAGACCUGACUGACAUGCAGUGCCUGUGGUUCCUGCAGGAGGAGGGAUCCGCCCACACGCGCAACGGCGCGCUGGGUUUCGCACUCAAGCGGUACCAGGCUCUCGUGGCCGUGUUCCAAGAGUACGAAGACGACCAGUACGACUUCCACAGCUACUGCAUGCGUCGGAUGACGUUCUCAUACUACCUCUCUCUUCUCGAGUACGAGGACCAGCUGCGGGUUCACCCUGCCUUCCUGCGCACGGCGCUGGCCGCGAUCGACAUCUACGUUCGCAUCGCGGACGACCCGUCGCUUACGGUUGAGAAGCUCACGCCCGAAGAGGAGGCGGAGCGGAAAAAGGCCGCCAAGAAGGCUGCCAAGGCUGGGGCUAAGGCGCGUAAGGCGGCGCUCAACUCUGGCGAGAAGAAGGAGGAGGGGCCUGUUCCCGAUGCGGACCCGCGCGGCGACGCGCUCCUCAAGACUGAAUCGCCGCUUGCCGACGCCCUCAAGCUUUGGAAGCCGCUCAGCGUCCAUCACGCCCGUAACCCCGCCACCUGGGUCACGGGGUACGCGCUGCACGCGCGGUCUGGCGAGUUCGUCAAGGCACUGCGUGACCUGCGCUGCGCCGCUGCGCUGGACCCGAACGCAGCUGGCCUCCUGCCGGCGCUGGUCGACUUCCGCCAUCGUCUCAGGGACGCCAAGCUCGCCCCCGAGGUACAGGGCGCCAUUGACGCGACUUUGCCUUCGCUUAUUGAGGGCGAGGUUGGUGACCUCGCGGCCAAGCGCGCACAGCAAGGGCCACAGGGCGUGCUUGAUGCCGCAAAGGCGCUCCUCCGCGCUGGCGACAAGGACGGCGCGCGCGACACGCUCCUUCGCCUUGCCGAGGCGCCGGACAUUGCGCUUAUGCGCGAGGCGCUCACUGUCCUCCCAUCGGAGAAGGCCGCGCUGGCGGCCGCGUACCACAAGGCCGCGCCGCUCGCGUUCGUCUUCGCCUCGCCAGAGGAAGAGAAGGUGCAUGAGGAGGAACUCAAGCAGCUCUAUGCGCUCCCGGUGAUUGAGGGCAAGACGGAUGUCUAG